UAUUUAAAAUGGUGUUGAUAUGUGGGCUUGGAGGUUUUUUGUUCUUUUGAGCUUGAGUUAUAUAUGGUGGCUUGGUCUGUAGCUGUUUCGUUUUUCGUAUAAUGGGUUUAAAGGAUCUUCAUGUCAUGAUAGGGCUCAUGUUUGUUUUAUUUUUGUUGAAUAAUGGUGGUGAAAAGAUGGUUGAGAUGAUGUAUAGUUUGGAUAAUGGUAUGUUGAAUCUUGGCAAUGCUAAUGAUUGAGAUGAUGAGUGGGUUUAAUAGGCCUUUGUCAUUAAGUAGGAGCACGUCGUCUGCUCGGAGGACUUUGAAUUCCGCACUUGCUGGGAGCGCCAGAUUAGGUUUAGGAAGUCCGAAAGGGAAUCGAUUGAGCUGUCUUUCACAAUGGUUUCACGUGCUUAUCAUCAUCGGUUCUUUGGCUUCGUUUCUUAUUGUCAUUGGUGGGGGUUAUAUAUAUGUGCUUCCAAGUCUCAGUCGGGCAUCUCUUGGUUAUAGUAUUUCCAAAUUGAACAAUUCAGGGGUCAGCUGUAAUAUUCUUGAUGGAAGUUGGGUUAUAGAUGAUAAUUAUCCAUUGUACAAUGCUUCGGAAUGUCCAUUUGCCGAACAAGGAUUUAAUUGCUUAGGUAACGGACGGGGAGAUAAAGAUUAUCUUAAAUGGAGGUGGAAGCCCAAGAAAUGUGAUAUACCAAGGUUCAAUGUGCAAAAUAUAUUGGAAAGAUUUCGUGGUAAGAGGGUUGUUUUUGUUGGCGACUCUAUGAGUAGAACACAGUGGGAGUCAUUGAUAUGUUUGCUAAUGACUGGAGUGGAGGAUAAGAAGAGUGUUUAUGAAGUCAAUGGGAAUAAGAUAACAAAACAGAUUAGAUUUUUAGGUGUUCGGUUUAGUUCCUUUAAUUUCACUAUUGAGUUCUUUCGCUCAGUUUUCUUGGUGCAACAUGGUUGGAUGCCUAGACAUGCUCCAAGGAGGGUGAAGUCAACUCUUAGAUUGGACAAAUUGGAUAAUAUUAGCAAUGAGUGGAUUAAUGCAGACAUUCUCAUAUUCAACACAGGACAAUGGUGGGUGCCUGGGAAGCUUUUUCAAAUGGGUUGCUAUUUCCAGGUUGGAGAUUCUAUAAAGCUUGGAAUGUCUAUACCUACUGCCUUCCGAUUAGCACUAGGCACAUGGGCAUCAUGGGUCGAGAAAACAAUUGACACAAACAAAACACAUGUCUUUUUCCGGACAUUUGAGCCAUCUCACUGGAGUGAUCAAACCCGAAGGUUAUGCAAUGUGACUCGGAGACCUAUUACUGAAAUCAAAGUGAGCGACCGCAACAUAUUUUCAGGGAUCACAAUGAAGGUGAUAAAGAAUAUGACAUUUCCUGUAUCCAUUCUGCAUAUAACACCCAUGUCUGCUUUCCGGAGUGAUGCACAUGUGGGUAUGUGGAGUGACAACCCAUUGGUACCUGAUUGUAGCCACUGGUGUCUACCAGGAGUACCUGAUGUGUGGAAUGAAGUUUUCUUCACAUAUCUGCUUACUAACGAUUGACUUCCCCUCUAAUGAAUGGCAUCAAAUUUGGCCAACUUACAUUUAGGACCAACAGUUAAACCCCGGCAAGAAAGCUUAUGCAGCCUCAGAUCACCGCUCAGAAGCCAGGAGAAUCUGCAUUUUCUGGAGAAAAAGAUAAAAGAGUUACACGGAUAGAACAGUUUUGCGACCGAAAAGAUUUUUUUAAUCAUAUAUUCUUUUGUACGUGAGAAGGGCCUGAAAUUUGGUUCCUUAUAUGUAACAAAAUUUUCCAUCCUGUUCUGAAAUCAGAGUUUUGGUAAUGAGAGUCCACGACGAUUAACAAGAGUCAGAGCACAAGACUAAGAAAUUGAUGUAGACAUUUUUUCUGCUACUCUUUGGUGGGUAAAUUGAACAUAAUAUUUCUUUAGUUAAAUGAAUGACAAGCUCAGUUUGCUAAUACAA